AUGUUCACAAGCAUAAUCAUCUUUCUGGUUUUAUGCAGUAAAAUUUCAACGGACUGCAGUACAGACGGUAUAAGAACACAUAUAAAAGAAUCAGAUGGCCAAAAGAGAAUAAGCACUACAAUAGAGGGUAACUAUACAGUACAAUUGUUAUUGUCAUUGACAGAGAAGGAGAGUAAUUGCACCAAGGUAACCAAGGACGGUAUGAAGAGUUAUUUUUCAUUUAAACAUGCUACAGACCAAGUAAAUAAAAACAGAAAUUUCAACAAGUGGGUGAAGCUUGGCAUACAAAUUGAUGAUAUAUGUCUCAACAUACCCUCUACAAUGGCCCGUGGUAUUGAACUUGUGUCGCCAUAUCAAAAACAACCAAUAUGCCGCGCUGAUUUUUUAGCAUGCCCAAAAGCAAAUGAGACUGGAACAUCACAAUUCAAAAGGCCAUCAGCAGUGAUUGGAGCACAGUUUAGUUUCCUGACGAUACCACUAGCCAGUUUACUGUCUGUAUACAACACGCCUCUUAUUAGCCCUGGAGCUUCGAGUCGAUUGCUGAGCCAAAAGAAUUUGUACAAGUCGUUUUUUCGUACCAUACCAUCUGAUACAUAUCAAGUAAAGGUCAUGGUUGAUAUUCUCGAGAGAUUUCAAUGGAAUUAUAUUUUUGCUAUAGGAUCCGACGACGACUACGGUAAAUUUGGUGUGAUUGAUUUGCAGAAAGAAGCUCUUGCUCGAAAUAUAUGCAUUUCUUAUGUCGAGUACCUACCAUUUCAUUCGAAUCGUCUCGAAGCUCGAAUUACAGAAGUUGUGGCAAAAAUAAAAGAUACUCCGCGAGCUAAAGCUAUUGUGCUGUUUUGUUUCCCAAACAGCCAAGGUCGAUACAUAUUAGAAGAAGCUGAAAGACAAGAUUUACAUCGCGUCUGGAUUUCAAGCGAAACUUGGAAUCCAUCUGCUCUUACGAUACCAAUAUCACUUCAAAGUCAGAUGGAAGGCUUAUUGACGGUGUCAUUAAAACUCUAUCCAAAUGAUAUGCCUAGUUAUGUGAAAGAAGAAAUUAAAACCGGCUGGAAGUGCAACAUUUGGCUUCAAACUUAUGUAAAACAUGAAUUUAACUGCAAGCCUGUAACACUUCGUGAAGAAAAAUUAUUUGGAACUAACUGCAGCGUUCCUAUACAAGAUAUUGUUGACAGUUUGAACCUGCUGCCACAAGGUACCACAGAUAAUGACGCCAUCUUUGCGAUAGCACAUGCCAUAAAAAAUAUUUUAAAUACGACAUGUGCAGAAAAAGCUGAUUGUGUUGUGGAACAUUUUGAACCGAAAUGGAUCACCGAAGAACUAUUCAAUGUUUCGUUUGUAAAUUUUAAAAAUCAGAAGAUAUCUUUUGACGAGGUCGGUGAUUUACAGUUUCCCCACUACACUAUCGAGAAUAUGCGAGUUAUAAAUGUUAGGUACGAAUACGUGACUGUUGGCACCUGGAACGAGGAUCAAGGUCGUAAAACCGCGUUAGAACUAGAUGAAACUAAAAUCGCAUGGCCACGCUGGUUUAACGCAACUGAGAACCAAACCAUCCCAAAUUCUCGUUGCAGCGAUGAAUGUCAACCUGGAAAGUUUAUUGAAACACGAAUAGGAUGUUGCUGGAAAUGUUCUUCCUGCGCUGGAAACAACUACACAGCUUAUCCAAUGUCAGAACGUUGUGAACCAUGUGGUUCAUAUUAUCAUGCAAAUAAAGAAAACACGGGUUGCAUUAAAACGCCAGUGUUAUGGCUUAGUCUAACAGAUCCAGCUGGAAUGUCAAUCACAGUUACUAGUGGUGUUGGAUUGAUCGUUACUAUCAUCAAGUGUAUUCUUUUGUUUAAAUAUCGACAUCUUAUCAACCCUAGCGAACCAACAUCUCACCUUACCUUGUUUUCAUGUUUACUUUUAUUGCUGACAUUUGUGUUUGGUUUACUACACUUUUUGGAGCCUACAGUAUCAUUGUGUACGGUCCGAAAUUCUUUCUUUUUUGUUUUACUUAUGAUGUAUCCUGCCCUUUUGUUGACCAAAUCAAAAACAAUGACAGAAUACUUGCGUGAACACGCCAAUAAAACAUUUAAAGGUAACCUCGCCGUAGCUCAACUUAUGUUUAUAUUAAUGGUGAUGCUUCUGGAAACAGCUUCGAUUAUUGCUUGGGUGUAUAUUGAUGAAAGUUACGUUGCAGAAUUCCGACAGGAAGAUAUCCAUCAAAUAUGGACACAGUGUGACGUCACAUUCACUGCAGCAAAAUUGAUUUCGUCGUUCAUACCAUGUAUAGUUCUGAUUGUUGCCGUUUUUUAUGCAUUUCGAGAACGCCGUUUGGAGCAUUCGUUUUACGAGCCCAAGUUCCUAAAUUUUUCUUGCGUCGCUUUUUGCAUCAUAAUUGUAGCCUUUUUGCCUACAUUCAAAUUUGUGGUUGGCGUUUACAAAGCUCUUGUCAUGGCUUUCACAAUGAACAUUUUUGGCUUCACCUUCAUGGCAUGCUUGGUAUUCCCAAAUGUUUACGUAGCUGUUAUGAGAAGUCGACAUGGAAUCAACACCUAUCCAGUGAAACCAGUAACUGGUAAGAGAGGAAAAAAGGAGGAAAACAAUAAAAGAAAGAUAACUCCUGCAGUUACACAAGUAACAAAAUCAACAACUGCAGAAAGCUCCAAAUCUAAAAUAGUACAUUCGAACUCAAUAGUAACCAUACCUUCAGAUAGUAGACCAUCUACGAUAGAUACUUCUGAAGAUUUAAAAAUUCCAACCAAAUGUUAUGUUGAGGUGCAACAACACCGUAUCAAAGAGGAAGACAAAGACAAUUUACCUUGCCCUGAAGAUAAUACUGCGAGUGCUGAAACACUCGACCAAGAUAUUAUUGAAAACGGCCACAAUAAGCAGAGCCCGCCAAACAAGUCCACUUUAAAAGAUAUUCAUAAUCCAAAAUAUACAGCAACCAUCACCGCAAUUAGGUCUGAAGAAAUUACCAUUUAA